GGCAGGGAAAGGAAACAGGUAAAGUUGGAGCAGGAGGGGAGCCAAAAUAAAACACAUGCUCUCUUUCAAACACCUUCCACUCCACCAAUGCAAGUUCUUCUAGCCACCACCAGUGUGCUACUUGAGAUUCCUUCUCCUUCUUCAAAGGGCCAUAUGCUUUCUCCCUCCUCCCUCUAGAGGUUGACCUCAACAAGUAAAAGGCCCUUGCUUGCAAAGAGAUCGUGUCGAUCGACGACGAGUACGCAAAAGCUAGAGAGAGAGGAGGUGAGGUCGAGUGCUUCUUGCACUUGCUUGUGUGUUGGAGAGAGAGGGGGAGUGGGAGAGAUCAGCAUAUCAGAGGGGAAUAUGGAUAGGGGACUCGUCCACAAAUCAUCGCCUCUAGUGGGCGAGAUGGGGGAGGCCGGCCAUGGAUGGUGGAGCGUGAAUAAUUUGAGGCCCCCUUUUGAGCAGCAGCACCAUCCUUCUCUUUUCAUGCCGUCCACCACCGCCACCACCACCGCAGCGCCGUCUUCUUCUUCUUCGUCCCCUCUCCAUUCCUUAUCCUCGCUGCUGCUCUCGAAUCACUACCCGCUGCCUACUACCAGCACGUCGCCGUGGCAGCAGCAUGACACCGGCAGCACCACCACCAGCAGCCUGCACGGUCAGCAGGGACUCGGCCAGCAGGAUUCAUGGAGCCAGCUCGUACAAGGGGGAUUGGCCACUAACGGGGAAGAGAGGUACAAGGAAGGCCAGAUGCUGUUUCCAACAACAAUUUGUUCAGAAACCGGAGGAAGCGGCAGCUACCUCUUCAGCGCCGCCGCCACGGCUAGCCAUGGGAGCAGCACGAGUGAAGAGAUCCAAUUGCCGUGGGGAAGCGUCCACCAGCACCACAAGGCCCUGCAGCAGAAAGCAGCUUCCUCUCCGAGGUCUUCUUCCAUAACGUCGACGACCUCCCUUGGGAGCAACAUGCUGGAGUUCUCCAACAACAGCAGUAGUUCACCACGUGAGUGCAUCAGCACAGUAUCUGGAUCAGCUUUCAAGAAGGCUAGGACCCAAGAACCCUCCCCGGCUCAAUCUACUGUGAAGGUGAGGAAGGAGAAGCUAGGGGAUCGAAUAACUGCUCUUCACCAGCUUGUCUCUCCGUUUGGAAAGACUGACACAGCGUCUGUACUCCUUGAAGCCAUCGGGUACAUCAGAUUCCUUCAUAGUCAAAUUGAGGCUCUGAGCUCGCCGUACGUGGGCGGCAGCAAUGGCGGUGGGGGCGGUUCCAUCAGCUCCAGCUCCAGCUCCAAGCAGCAGCAUCUCCACGAGGCUAGUGUGCACGGAGAAAGGCACAGCAUAUUUCCAGAAGACCCUGGCCAGCUCUUGCAUGACAGUGCACUAAAAAAACGAGGACAGCCUGAGCCGGAUGGAAGCUAUGAAGAAGGGAAGGAUCUGAGGAGCAGGGGUCUGUGCCUUGUCCCUGUGAGCUGCACGCUGGACGUCGGAGUUGAUGUGGUCGCCGGCCCAGCGGACUACUGGGCAGCAGCUGCGCCGGCUUUCGGCAUGGGGUUCGGCGGGUAGAUGGAGGAUAAUGAAGAAUUGUGUGGCACAGUACGGCAAGCAUGCAGCAUGCGGAUGUGCUGCAUAACAUCAGGAGCAGCCAUCCUGGUGAAGAGAGAUGUUUAAGGCUGGUUCCUCUUGAUGCUAUGCAAGUAUGCUUAUGACGAUGAUUUAUGCACACUACUGACCGAUAAUGCAUGGACGUAGGGGAUGCAAAUACUCACUCCGUUCCAAAUUGUAGAUCAUUUUAGCAAAUCUAAAUACGUAGAUUUUGCUAUGUAUCUACAUAAACACUAUGUUUAGAUACGUAGCAAAAAUUAUGUAUCUAGAUUUGCCAAAACGAUCUACAAUUUGAAAUGGAGUAGUAUAUAACUGGUAGUGUGUGUAUGUGUGAUAUAUCUUGUCUAGAGAUUGAUCAUCAAUUUGCUGCACACAAAGCUAGGAGUGCAUCAUCUGUAUGUAUAACUCAUUUAAAUCGUAUUUGCAUUGGGCCUCACUGCUCUCUAUAUAUCACGGUCUCUUGUGGGUAA